AUGGCAGCAACUACGGAGACCCUUAACGGCAACGGUGGUUCUGUCCACGGCGUUUUCGGUCGCGAACGAUGCCUGACGGAGGUGGUGGACGAAGGGUCAGCACAGAGCUUCAGGUACUACAUUUCUCGAAGGACAGUUUUGGAAAUGCUCAAAGACCGUGGCUUUGACGUGGCUGAUUCAGACCUCACUCGCUCGGUCACUGAGUUCCGUUCCGUUUUUGGAAAUAGCCCUGACGUCGAUAGCCUUCGGUUCUGUGUUUCUCUCCGCUCCAAUCCGCUCAAGAAGACCCUGGUCAUCUUCUUGGGAACUGAUGAAAUUAAAAUAGCAAAUAUCAGGGCUGUUUAUGGUCAAAUUCUCAACAAAGAGAGUCUACAUGGGCUGAUACUGAUCUUGCAAAGCAAAAUGAACCACUUUGCUAAGAAAGAGCUGGAGAAGUUUCCCUUCAAAGUGGAGGUUUUUCAAAUAACUGACCUGCUGGUGAACAUCACCAAGCAUGUUCUGCAGCCGAAGCUGGAUAUACUAACUGCUGACCAGAAGCAACAGGUUUUGAACAAGUACAAGUUGGAAGACAAACAGCUCCCAAGAGUGCUAGAAUCCGAUGCUAUUGUGAGAUACUAUGGACUGCAGAAGGGGCAGGUGGUGAAAAUUGCUUACAGUGAUGGAGUCUUUGGUCCCCUUGUAACUUACCGCUGUGGAUGGGCUGGGUUUCAGAGAGGGGUUGGAGCAAGAUUGUCGGAAACGAGAGAUAAGGAGACGUUGCAAACUAGCUCCUUUAUAGAUGCGUCAUGGGUUCUCGGUAGGAUGGAGGAUCAGAAGAAGAUAAUAAAGUUGUUAGUAUCUGAUGAACACUGUGGAAAUGACGUUGGGAUUAUUCCCGUCGUGGGCAUGGGAGGGCUGGGAAAGAUAACAAAACUGCCGACAAAAUCAAUCUUGGAGUCUGUUGAGAGGAAAAGUUGUGAUCUCAUGGAUUUGAAUAUCCUUCAAACAAGUCUCCAGGAUAUGUUGAGGGGGAAAAGGUUCUUGGUUGUGCUUGAUGAUGUGUGGCAUGAGAGGAAGAGUGACUGGGAUGUGGUACGCCUUCCUUUCAGAGCUGAAGCAUUUGGAAGUAAAAUCAUUGUAACUACCAGAAGUGAAAAGGUUGCAUCAAUCAUGGGCAUAUAUCCACCUUUCCGUUUGGAAGGUUUAUCUGAUGAUGAUUUCUGGUUGUUGUUCAAAGGUUUACCUUUCCCAUUGAAGAUUGACUGA